AUGCUCCCAUCUGCUCUCGUCCCGCUGCUGUGCCUGUGGCUCCCAUUCGCCUCGGCGUGGGGCAGCCUAGGCCACCGCACCGUGGCGUACCUGGCGAGCAUGUACUUCACCACGCCAUCGACGGUGAUGACGAACCAUCUAUUGAACGGCCAGGACAUUUCCGAGGCCGCCCUGUUCGCCGACAAGGUGCGCCACAUGCCGCAGUUCGCAUGGUCUGCCGGCUGGCACUAUAUUGACGCCCGCGACGAUCCACCGCGGUACUGCGGCAUCAACAUGACGCGGGACUGUGGCCAUGUCAGCGGUGACAGUGACAAUGACCCCAGCGGCGGCUGCGUGGUCACGGCGAUUGCCAACCACACGCGGCGGGUUGCCGACCUGUCCUUGCCGCCUUACUACCGCGGCCAGAGUCUGCGGUUCAUGAUGCACUUCUUCGGCGAUGUGCACCAGCCGCUGCACACCGAGGCCGAAGACCGCGGCGGCAACGAGUACGCCGUCGUGUUUGAUGGGAAGGCCACCAACCUGCACAGUGUUUGGGACACUUUGAUUCCCAACAAACAGGCGGCGAGAACGAGUCACAAUCACGAUGACAAUGAGAUGCAGGCCGCGAGAACGAACCGCGAAGGCGACGAGAUGCUGGCCGCGAGAACGAAUCACCAAGACGAUGAGAUGCUCGCCGCUUGGGAAUGGGCGCGCGCCCUAUACGACGACCACGAAGACCAAUUCCAAUCCCAAUCCCAUCCGCUCGACCACGAAUGCCUGACGGAUUCGACCCGCUGUGCACUUCAGUGGGCGACCGAGGCCAAUGCUCACGUGUGUUCCUAUGUCCUGGCCAAAGACGUGCACGGGCAGGACCUCGGGGGCGAGUAUUACGAGGGCGCGGUCCCCAUCAUCAACGACAUGGUGGCAAAGGCCGGACGACGGUUGGCUGCGUGGAUUAAUUCCAUUUCCGAGUCUGCCAAAGAUGAUGGGACAGAGACACUGCUUCGAGCUCAAACAUGA